AUGAAAAUUGCAGUGCUGGGGUGUGGGGCCAUGGGUUCCAUUUAUGCCGCCUUUCUGUCAGAACAUCAUGAAGUCAUAGCUAUUGACGUCUGGCACGAGCAUGUUCAGGCGAUAAAUUCCGUGGGAUUGCGAGUAGAGGAAUCGACUGGCAAGGUGCGGACUGUGAAGAUGACGGCGACUGCGGCUGAUUCAAACCUGGGUGACCUGGGUCAAUUUGACUUGGCCAUCAUUGCCACAAAGACAAGCAACGUUGCAGAAGCAGCGCGAACAGCUGCAGCCAUCUUGAAAGAUGAUGGACUGGUAGUGUCCAUUCAGAAUGGUUUGAACUGCACUGAAGUCCUGGAGCAGUUGGAUCGCCGAGUUUUCCUUGGAGUUGCUAGUGGCUUUGGUGCUUGUAUGAAAGCACCUGGACAUGCGUUCUAUGAACACCUGGGCCGUGUUUUGAUUGGUGCCAUGAAAUCAGAUACUGACUCUCAGUCCCUAGACCUGAUUGUGCAGGCCUGCAAGGAAGCAGGUUUACUCGCUGAAGCAGUUGAUGAUAUUCAGCAGGUGAUUUGGAGGAAGCUCAUCAACAACUGCGCCAACGGUGCUUGUAGCAUUUGUGGAAUGACCGUUGGUGAGAUGAUGGCCAAUGAACAUUCCCGCAAGGUUGCCAUGGCAUGUGCCCGUGAAGUGUCUGAGAUUGCUCAGGCCAAAGGUAUUCUGGCGCCCGACUUUGAUGUUGAGGAACAUGUAACGAGUUUUAAUGAGAAGGUGGCAGGGGCCAAGCCAUCGAUGUUGCAGGACCUCCUGGCGGGUCGUCCCUGUGAGAUCAACGGCCUCAACGGCGCCAUCGCGGCCCAGGCGGCCCAGCUGAAUCUCCAGGCCCCGGUGAACGCCACGGUGGCGAACCUGGUGCGCGCCUUGCAACGGCCGAGAGUUUCCGGGCUGAAGGAACGUUGCAACAUGCGUGGCACAUGCUAUGCGGAGUCAUUCGAAGCCUCCCGCGCUCGCUCCCUGGACUUCCGUAGACUCGGCUUGAAAAGUCCAGGAGCUACGACAGAGCAUGAGCCUCCAGAAGAUGUCCACGUCCGGGCUCCAGAUCUCGAUUCCACGGUGAUGAGCGCAUUUUUGUCCCCGUUGAGGUCACCUGCUCGAAGACCCAGUGAUGCAGGCAAUGUCACGCCACCCAGCGAGGCAGCCUCCCGGGCUCGGCAACUCUCAGCGCCAGUGAUUCCAGCUGCGUCUCAUGGUAAUGAUGCAGCAGCCAACAAGCUUAGAGCCAGGCUUUCGCCACGGCCUGAGACACCUGGCCUCCAAGAUGGCAAGGCGCAUGGAGCUUGGACGUUGGCAUUGCUGGUGACCCUGGAUGUCCCCAGCACGCUGUAA